GUCCCAUACGAACUGACACGUAAGCCAUCACCAGCCUCUCAAAUCCGAACGUACGAAAAUUAAACAGAAAACAUAAAAAAUGAAAAAUCGAAGAGUCACUCACUCGAUAGUCGACACAAGGUCGCGGCCCAAGAAAAAGAUCAGAUUUUUUUUUCAAGAAAAAACAAAAAUGGCCACCACCACCGCCACGGCCACAACUACGGCAUCCCACCGCCUCCUCUUCUCCACCUCCCGACCCAUCUCGUGCCCGACCCGCCUUCGCACGUCCGCCGUCACCGGAGCCGCUGGGAAGAGGCGCCCCGCCGCGGCGGCCGGAAGCGUCCGCGUGCGGCGCAUGGCGGUGGCGGAGGGGGAGAAGACGAAGAAGAGGAGCGGGUACGAGAUACAGACGCUGACCAACUGGCUGCUGAAGCAGGAGCAAUCGGGCGCCAUCGACGCCGAGCUGACCAUAGUCAUCUCGAGCAUCUCCAUGGCCUGCAAGCAGAUAGCCUCGCUCGUUCAGAGGGCCGGGAUUUCUAACCUCACCGGAGUUCAGGGCGCGGUCAAUGUGCAGGGAGAGGAUCAGAAGAAGCUCGACGUCGUGUCCAACGAGGUUUUCUCGAACUGUCUGAAAUCGAGCGGGAGGACCGGGAUCAUAGCCUCAGAGGAAGAGGAUGUUCCGGUGGCUGUGGAGGAGAGUUAUUCCGGAAACUACAUUGUUGUGUUCGAUCCUCUCGAUGGGUCGUCCAAUAUAGAUGCGGCUGUCUCGACCGGCUCAAUAUUCGGGAUAUACAGUCCGAAUGACGAGUGCCUUGCUGACGUUGGGGAUGAUGAAACGCUCGGCACCUCGGAACAAAGGUGCGUCGUGAACGUGUGCCAGCCUGGCGACAACUUGCUCGCGGCAGGCUACUGCAUGUACUCGAGCUCCGUCAUAUUCGUGAUCACCCUCGGUAGAGGCGUGUACGCCUUCACACUCGACCCAAUGUUCGGCGAAUUUGUCCUAACACAAGAGCAAAUCCAAAUACCCAAAUCGGGAAAAAUUUACGCUUUCAACGAGGGUAACUAUCAGCUGUGGGACGACAAGCUAAAGAAGUAUAUAGACGAUCUCAAGGACCCGGGCCCCACCUGUAAGCCUUACUCAGCCCGGUACAUCGGAAGCUUGGUCGGUGAUUUUCACCGGACUUUAUUGUACGGAGGAAUUUACGGCUACCCGAGAGAUAAAAAGAGCAAGAAUGGUAAAUUGAGGCUCUUGUACGAGUGUGCGCCUAUGAGCUUUAUUGUGGAGCAAGCAGGCGGGAAAGGGUCAGAUGGGCAUCAAAGGAUUCUCGAUAUUCAGCCAACGGAGAUACAUCAACGGGUACCAUUGUACAUUGGGAGCAUGGAGGAGGUGGAGAAGUUGGAGAAAUACUUGGCUUGAGUGAGGAACGUUGAAAUGUAAUUUUAAGGUUUAGAUUUUGAUGGACAUAACAUAAACAAUCUGUGGGGUGAUUAUUCUUUUGGAAAGUGAAAAGUUUUUAUUUUGGAAUUCUGUAAAAAGUUGGAGAAUCAAGAAAAUAUAGCUUGUCUUGUUUCUUAUCUUCAAACUAAAAUCUUGUAAAAAUUUAGGACCUGAUAUUUGGGAGCUUCUUGCCUACUUCAGAUAGAUAAGUGGAUCAUGGUACAAAAAUUCUUGGCCAA